AUGAAGCGCGAUAUCUUUGACCAGUACGAGGCGAGCAAGCGCAGCGGCGGCGCCAAGAAGGUGGGCAAGGGUCCGCCGGACUGCCCCAAGUCGGACGGCAUGUCGCCCUUCACAGGCGUCGUCAUGCUCGGCGGGGAGAUGUACGUGAGGUUGAACGGCACUGAGGGCCAAUGCAGGAGACUGAUUACGCUGGGCGGCGCCAACUUCAGCUCGAUGGUCAACUUCUCUAGGACGUGCGGCCCAGCGGGGGAGUACAAGCGGCGCAUCGCCGAGAACAUCAGCACGAUCUUUUUCCAGGGGGGCCUCGAUUGGGCGAAGCACGACGGCGAGACGAUGGAGGUCGUCACGGAAGAUGGCACGUUCGAGGUCGAUGUCAGCGAGGCCAAGUACGAGAUUUUGUUGGAGUGUUGGAAACGAGGUUGCGAUUGCGAGCAGGCCAAGAAUCCCAUCAUGAAGGCGGUGUUCAUGGCCCUGGCCGUCAUCGCUGUGGGGGGGCUGAGCUACGACUCCCUAAAGGUGGCGUGGGCCAAGAUAGUUGGCGUAAAGCCUCCCAAGCACGUGGAGUGCAAGCAGGGCCACCGGAUGGAGAAAGUGAAGCUCACCAGAACCCACUACUGCGACAUUUGCAGCGUCGCGGGCACGCUCUACCAGUGCAGAGACAAGUGCAACUACGACAUGUGCAAGUCGUGCUACGACGACCGCAAGGGGAAGGUGAAGGCCGCGUACGCCAAGUGGCUGGAGAAGCACCCCGAGGAGAAGAGCAAGAAGAGCAAGAAGGACGACGAGGACGACAAGGACGAGAAGGAGACGGAGACCGAGGACGCCUCCAAGAGCGAGGCAGAGAGCGAGGCCAAGAGCGGCAAGGAGAGCGGCAAGGAGGACGGCAAGAGCGAGGCCAGCGGGGACCAAGGCGAGACGGGCAACGAGCAGGAGGGCGCCGACGAGGGCGCCGCCAGCAAGCAGGAGGGCGAGGAGUGA